AUGCAACAAAGUGAGAGAUACCUAACGUCGGCGUACGAGGGGGGCGGCGACUUGUCCCCUGUCGCGCCCGCGACUUCCCCUGGCUCACCGCGUGACUGCACCUCGUGUCGCAAGAGGGAACCCCCGGACGAAACGCCCCAACCUCCCCCUGAAGACGCUUGUGCCGGCUGCGGCGGCCGUAUCACCGACAGAUACUACCUUCUGGCUCUAGAGCGCCGCUGGCAUACACCCUGUCUAAAAUGCUGCGAGUGCAAAAUGCCCCUCGACUCGGAACAGCGGUGCUACGCCAGAGACAGCAACAUUUUCUGCAAAAAUGAUUAUUUCAGGUAA